AUGAGGAGCGGCGCCGAGCGCAGGGGCAGCUCCGCCUCAGCGCCCCCCGGCUCGCCACCCCCGGGCCGCGCGCGCCCCGCCGGCCCCGACGCGCCCCUGGCCCUGCAGCCGCCCGCCGCUGGCCAGCCUCGAGCGCGGGACGCGGGCGAUGCCCGCGCUCAGCCGCGCCCCCUGUUUGCGUGGAGCAAGUGGAAGAAGAGGAUGAGCUCGUCCAUGUCGGGGGCCCCGGCGCGGAGGCCCGUGUUUGACGACAAGGAGGACGUGACCUUCGACCACUUCCAGAUCCUGCGGGCCAUCGGGAAGGGCAGCUUCGGCAAGGUGUGCAUCGUGCAGAAGCGAGACACGGAGAAGAUGUACGCCAUGAAGUACAUGAGCAAGCAGCAGUGCAUCGAGCGGGACGAGGUCCGUAACGUGUUCCGGGAGCUGGAGAUCCUGCAGGAGAUCGAGCACGUCUUCCUGGUGAACCUCUGGUACUCCUUCCAGGACGAGGAGGACAUGUUCAUGGUGGUGGACCUGCUGCUGGGCGGGGACCUGCGCUACCACCUGCAGCAGAACGUCCAGUUCUCCGAGGACACUGUGAGGCUGUACAUCUGCGAGAUGGCGCUGGCCCUCGACUACCUGCGCAGUCAGCACAUCAUCCACAGAGACGUCAAGCCCGACAACAUUCUGCUGGACGAGCAAGGACACGCGCACCUGACCGACUUCAACAUCGCCACCAUCAUCAAGGACGGGGAGAGGGCGACCGCACUUGCUGGGACCAAGCCGUACAUGGCUCCGGAGAUCUUCCAGUCUUUCGUCAACGGUGGGACCGGCUACUCCUUCGAGGUGGACUGGUGGUCGGUGGGGGUGAUGGCCUACGAGCUGCUGCGUGGAUGGAGGCCCUACGACAUCCACUCCAGCGACGCCAUGGAGUCCCUGGUGCAGCUGUUCAGCACCGUGAGUGUCCAGUACGUCCCCUCCUGGUCCAAGGAGAUGGUGGCCCUGCUGCGGAAGCUCCUCACUGUGAACCCCAGGCACCGUGUCUCCAGCCUCCAGGACAUGAAGGAGGCCCCAUCGCUGGCCAACGUGCUAUGGGACGACCUGAGCAAGAAGAAGGUGGAGCCGGGCUUUGUGCCCAACAAAGGCCGCCUGCACUGCGACCCCACCUUCGAGCUGGAGGAGAUGAUCCUGGAGUCCAGGCCCCUGCACAAGAAGAAGAAGCGGCUGGCCAAGAACAGGUCCCGGGACAGCAGCAGGGACAGCCCCCAGUCCGAGAAUGACUACCUUCAGGACUGCCUUGAUGCGAUCCAGCAAGACUUUGUGAUUUUUAAUAGAGAAAAGCUGAGGAGGAGCCAGGACCCCACGAGGGAGGCUGGGGAUGUGGACGGCGAGGCCUUGGCGGAUGGUGAGGACGCGAGCCCCGCCCUGCCCACGUGCGGCUCCAUCUGCCCCUCGGCGGGGAGCAGCUAG